AUGGAGACGGGUGACUUUAAGUCGCGAUGUCAUGGUCAUGAAAUUAUUAUGGACAUUCUCAUCACGUUGCACCACCGCAUGACGCUCGCCACUGCCGAAAUAUUCCCAGGAGAUGUAAAUAUCCCCAGGUGGAAGCACUUAUUGGGCUGCAAUGGAUUUUUAAUAAAAGAAAAAAAGUCCGCAGCUCAAUAA